AUGGCCCUCACUCCUUUCAUUCUUUUGUCCCUUGCCUCCGCUGCGCAGGCCAAUCCUCUCUGGGGCUUGGCCCGGCGUCAACAAGAGCUAUGUGGAAACCCAGACAUCUCUACUGCUGCUAGUCUGGUAGUGCCUGGCGCACAAGGAGAUGUCACCUUCACACCAUCUCAGGUGGCAGACACAGCGCUCUGGACGCUGGCGACUCCCACGGCCAUCUCCGAGACCGAGACUAUCUAUCCUUUCGGAUAUGUUUGGGUGGCCUCCGAGCCGGUGACUCUGGAAGUCCCAGCUCUUCCUACAACUGAUGUCCCUUACCCUCUGCCCGAGGACGCUUUUGUGACGCCUACGAGCCUUACGACCAUUGCACCAGUCAUAUCCAGCACAUUUACCGAUAUUGUGGAAGAACCUAGCACCCCCAUUACUCCCGUGACUCCUGAGGAGCCAACAUCGGUUCCUCCUGUGAUUUCUAGCACAUUUACCGAUGUUGUUGGAGAGCCCAACACUCCCACGACUCCACAAGACACAACGACGUUGGUUCCUCCCGUGGUCUCAUCGACGUAUACCGACGUUGUUGAGGGUUCCAGUACACCAACUACUCCUACCGCCGAGGAUACCACGACGGCUGGAGUGACUACCACUGCUCAAGAGACAACUGGGGCUGCGAUAACUACUGGAGACACUACUCCUGUACAGGAGACUACUCCCGGUGAGACUACCGUCGCGGACACGACGACUGCGCAGGACACAACGACCGCACAGGAUACGACAACUGCACAGGAUACGACAACUGCUCAGGACACCACGCCUGGCGAAACCACCACCAAUGAAACCACCUCUGAGGAGACUACUGCUGAAACCACCGCUGCCGGUGAGACUUCAACUGCUGAGGAGACCACCACUGCUGCUGAUGGCGCCACGACAACGGAAGCAGCCGAUGGGACCACUGGCUUCCCAGAUUAUGAUCCUCCCACGACCACCGUUAGCGGCCCUGAAGCUACAGACGACGCCAUCGAUGCUGGUCCUAUUCUCUUUGCCCUUUGGUCGAACCGGGAUAUGAUCCAAGAUGAGGAGAAGAAGGAUGAAUACAUUCGAAAGUCCGAGGACACCCGCGACGAUAUUCUGAUUUUGUGGGCCAAUUUUGAUAUCAAGCCCGAGAUUCCCACGGAAUGCGGUGAAACAGCGUUGGCAAAAAGGAGCCUUAUCUCGGGUAUCCUCGAUGUCCUUGAUGAUGCUGCUAAGCUGGUCGGCUGUGCGACUAAGGUUGUGACAAACCUGGCCGAUAAUGUCAAGCUUCCGGUACCCCCUAUUGAUAUCAUCAUCACUCUUACGGACACGCUCAAGGAGAUUUCUGAAGAGCUUGAAAAGGAGAAGGAGAAGGAGACCGAUCAACCUACGGAAACAGAUGAGGUCUCUUCUACAGAGGGGCCGACCACAACUGCCACCAGCUGUGCAGAAACCGGCGUCGAGAGUUGCACUCAGACAGUCUACCUAUCUACCUCUUUCUACAAAGAUGGAGACGUGGAUACUUCGACUGUCGAAACAGUGACUACUGAAGAUUGCGUGACAAUCACCCAGUGUGAUGCCCAGGCUACGACCGAAGUCACAACUGUGACCACGGUGACUUCUACUAGCGUCUCCGAAUUCAUUUGUGACGUCGACUGCACAAAAUGCAACGUCGAGAGGCGAUGGGCGGAGCCUACAUUGACUCCACAGGAUGGAGGCGGUCUCUUUAGACGGCUGGAUAACAUGAACCAGGCCAAGUACGAUACAGAUGAAAAGAAAGAUGGAUAUGUCCUUCGGCAGAUUAGUGAAGGCGCAAACAAGCUAAACUGGAACACUAUCACUACUAACGUCGUUUCUAUUGAUGGCGAGUGGGGAGAGAAUCCAUUUGGUCUCUCCGUCGAGGGUCUGGUCGGGUGUACCGGAGUUACUAUUGCCUCAGACAGGGGUGGCUGGCUUGCUCACUUCAUGGAGCCAGGGUUCUUCUACGACUCGAACAAACCGGCCGAUGACGCGGCUAACAAUGGUCGUAAAGAUCUCUGGGACGGGAUGAUGAACCAACUCCGAGAUGCAGAGGGAACUGCAAUUUCCGACAAGUUCACACCCCCUAGCAGGCUUGCUGUUGAAGGUGGCAUACUGGCCGCUGACUCCAACGUGCAAAUCUUCGUCUCCGUGCCCCGGAUGCCCGAGACUUCAUUUGACAACCCUACCUACCGCUACCCGGAUCGUGUGGCCGAGCUCAUCGAUAUCUUGACCGGCGAGAACGGAGCAUUCCAAGGCGUCGAAGUCAUCACCAAGACAUAUGUGAAACCGCCGGCUGAAGAAACCGAUGACGAGAUUGAUGCCCGGCUCAAGACUGCCCGUGGAAUCAUGUUCAUCGAGUAUGACGACUUCCAGGAGAACUGGGAGACCGGCGAGUACUCUGAUCCCCCGGACACCAUGUGGCGUGUUUGGCAAGAGCGCAGUUACUACGAGCGGCGAAUGACACACACAGUGGAAGCGACUCCCUCUUGCUCGAAACAUGCAGAUGAAGCGGCUGGCAUGGAUCCUGGCACUGCAAACGCGCUGGCAAAGAAGUUCUGCGAAGAAAGUGGCAUCGCAUUUGACGCCGAUGCUGAGCUCCAGCUCGGCGGUGGUGACCUGGACCCGGCUCAGACGCUGGAUGCCGACAUCAAAUUCAACUUUGAAAAGAAGGAUGGAGAAUGCGCAAAGACUUGCACCGAGGCCUAUGAGCAGAUGAUCCAUUCUUGCCAGUACGACAGCCAUCUUUACACCGGACAGGCCGAGCUUGAUUUGGGCUGCGGCAAGUAUAGCAUGGAUACCAUCAAGCUCGAGGAGCCCGAGCCCGAGCCUACCGCACCUCCCGAGGUCAACAACUGCGCCGAUCCCACCGUCUACACCAAGUUCAGCCUCAGCCAGGCGCAAGAAGCCAUCGCCGACUUCUGCAGCCACGAAAUCGUGCUCCCCGUGGCCGCCCAGCCCAUCUUCAAGACGUACAAGAUGGACGGCGUAACCCUCCAGCUCAUCACCCAGUGGACCACCACCGGCCUGCAAGGCUGCAACGAGCCCGCCGACGGCGCCUACAUCCCCCAGGUGGCCCAGUCGGACUGCGAGGCCCGCUUCACGGGCGCCGUCAACAACUGUAACGUCGACACCACGGACGACAAGUACGGACAGCGUCCGUAUGUGUGGAACAGCCCUAACGGCUGCAUAGACUUUUGGAUCUAUGGAGAUGCCGAGGACUGGGACUGCGAAGGUCUUGGAGUCCAGCCUGUUCCUUGUCAAGAUGCGGGCCAGAAGCUGGAUUAA